GCGGUGUGGCGGUCUCUGCUUGGCGGAGGAACCUUGAGCGGCCACCUGAAACGUUCCACAGCUUCUUUGCAUCUUGGAUUUCGGGGCGGCUCCCUCCCCCCACCUUUCUCUGCCUCUUAACACCUCGCUUUUUUCUGCAUUUCGCUUGCGUUUUGUAGCCGUCUGGUUUUGCACCCCUUUUUGUUUUGCUUCUACCCGGUUUGUGGGGUGAAGCUGGGCUCACACCCCUGCCCCUCGUUAUCUUUCCCUGCUCUGACAGCACCCCCCCUUUCAUCGCAGUCGGGGCGUCUAGCAUCGCGCACCUCCGCCGCGCUGCCUCACCCCACAGCGCGUGGCCGUGCACCCCGGAAUUUGCAGCAGCUGCAUAUUUGAGUGGGGUCCCCCCUCGUCCCCGCCGCCUUCGUUCCUCGCGCGUUAGGGUGCGUGGAGAGCUUCAGUGCACCGCACCCCCGCUUCUCCGCAGCCCCCCGCCCAGCGCCGGGACUCGCCCCGCGCCGCCAAGAUGGUCAUCCAGAAAGAGAAGAAGAGCUGCGGGCAGGUGGUUGAGGAGUGGAAGGAGUUCGUGUGGAACCCGAGGACACAUCAGUUCAUGGGCCGCACCGGGACCAGCUGGGCCUUUAUCCUCCUCUUCUACCUCAUCUUCUAUGGCUUCCUCACAGCCAUGUUCACCCUCACCAUGUGGGUGAUGCUGCAGACUGUCUCUGACCAUACCCCCAAGUAUCAGGACCGACUGGCCACGCCUGGCUUGAUGAUUCGCCCCAAGACUGAGAACCUUGAUGUCAUUGUCAACGUCAGUGACACUGAAAGCUGGGACCAGCAUGUUCAGAAACUCAACAAGUUCUUGGAGCCUUACAACGACUCCAUCCAAGCCCAAAAGAAUGAUGUCUGCCGUCUUGGGCGAUAUUAUGAGCAGCCAGACAAUGGGGUCCUCAACUAUCCAAAACGUGCCUGCCAGUUCAACCGGACCCAACUGGGCAACUGCUCCGGCAUCGGGGACCCCACUCACUAUGGAUACAGCACUGGGCAGCCCUGUGUCUUCAUCAAGAUGAACCGGGUCAUCAACUUCUAUGCAGGAGCAAAUCAGAGCAUGAAUGUUACCUGUUCUGGGAAGCGAGACGAAGAUGCUGAGAAUCUUGGUCACUUUGUCAUGUUCCCUGCCAAUGGCAACAUCGACCUCAUGUACUUCCCCUACUACGGCAAAAAGUUCCAUGUGAACUACACACAACCCCUGGUAGCUGUGAAGUUCCUAAAUGUGACCCCCAACGUGGAGGUGAAUGUGGAAUGCCGCAUUAAUGCCGCCAACAUUGCCAUAGAUGAUGAGCGAGAUAAGUUCGCCGGCCGAGUGGCCUUCAAACUCCGCAUCAACAAAACCUGAGGCCCCUUUCUCUUGUCCCCACCUCUUUCCUGUGGAUGCUUCUGGAAUGUCCCUGACCUUGCCUGAUCCCUUCCUCACCUGCCCCAAAGGUAUUUUUUAUAACAAAGCUAUGACUUGUCUGAGCCUCACACCCUUUUCCUUGACUUCUCAACCCAGCCUGAUAUCCACUGUGAUAUUCCCUGACUACACACAUUUUCUGCCAUCUUCUCCCAGCCUUACCUCAGCUAGAGACAGAGAGAUGGGCUACCAAGAUGACCACAGAGGAGUUAGGAGUCUUUCUAGUUCUGGUUUAGCUGUGAACUCCUGCCUGAACUUCUGCCCUCCUUUCCUGAGAGCUAUAGAAAUGCCCACUUCUCACACACACAC